CCGCCUGGAUCUCAGUGCUCCUGCCCCGUCUGGAUCUCGGUGGUGGUUCUGGACUCCAGAGUUGGGGGAAGAUAAGUCCCUUGGUUUUAGCCCAGUGGGUCUUGGGUCCUUUGUGAUGCUAGUAGCCCUGGGAGAUUAAUGACACGCAUUUGUCUGUCCGUGUCAAGGGGACUAGCGCAUCUUCAGUCCCUGAAAUGAGUCAUCAGUGGUAGCCUAUAGUUUGGGAUCCAUUCCGUCGCUGAUGGUGUGGGGAGGGAGGGGAGAGGUGUGGGCUGCUCUGCGGCUGUGUGCGCAGCGGGGACAGAAGGAGCCAGCAGGAAGCCAGCAAGGACCCUCAAGCUUUGUCAUCCCCUUAAUAGGGCUAAUGGGAUUUUCUGGAGUGAUCCGCCUUUGGCUCUCACUGGGCUUCCGGCAAGGAGCUCAGAAAGCCGCUCAGAGCCGCCGGCCACCCCAGCGCUUGCCAACAGACCCGCACGCCCUGCCGCGGGGACAACCGGGGGCUCUCAAGGCCAGCCCGGCGUGGGACAAAGAUGAGUUCCCCCGAGGAACAGGCCUUCCGUCUGCUGACCGAGUAUGCAAACGGGUUCAUGGUCUCCCAGGUUCUGUUUGCCGCCUGCGAGCUGGGCGUCUUUGACCUUCUCGCGGAGGCCCCGGAGCCCCUGGGUGCGGUGGCGGUGGCUGCACGACUGAGCACCAGCUCCCAUGGGACGGAACUCCUGCUGGACACCUGCGUGUCCCUGAAGCUGCUUCAGGCCGAAACCAGGAGGGGAAAAGCCUUGUAUCAAAACACGGAGCUCUCCAGCACCUACCUGGUCAGGGCCAGUCCCAAGUACCAAGGCAACAUGCUGCGGUACCUGGCCAGGACGACGUACCUGUGUUGGGGCCACCUGGCCCAGGCUGUGAGGGACGGCAAGAACCAGUAUCCAGAGGUGUUUGGGGUUCCCUCGGAUGAGCUCUUCACCGCGAUCUACAGAUCCGAGGGCGAGCGGCUGCGGUUCCUGAGGGCUCUGGCAGACGUCUGGAGUGUCAGCGGGAGGCACGUGCUGGCCGCCUUUGACCUGUCCCCGUUCCCACUCAUCUGUGACGUUGGCGGCUGCUCUGGGGCUCUGGCCAAGGAGUGCACCUCUCUGUACCCCGGGUGUCAGGUCACCGUGUUCGACAUCCCCGAGGUGGUCCAGACGGCGAAGAAGCACUUCUCAUUCCUGGAGGACCCGCGGAUCAGCUUCUGUGAAGGAGAUUUCUUUAAAGACCCACUUCCGGAGGCAGAUCUGUACAUCCUGGCCAGGGUCCUGCACGACUGGACCGACACGCGAUGCUCACAGCUGUUGGCGAGGGUCCAUUGCGCCUGCAAACCAGGCGGCGGCGUCCUGGUGAUCGAAAGCCUCCUGGAUGCAGACGGUCGGGGCCCGCGGACCACGCAGCUGUACUCGCUGAACAUGCUGGUGCAGACGGAAGGCCGGGAGCGGACCCCCGCCCAGUACCGCGCGCUCCUGGCUCCCGCCGGCUUCCAGGACGUCCAGUGCAGGAGAACGGGGGGCAUUUAUGAUGCCAUCCUCGCCAGGAGGUAACUCCCUGUGGGUCUGCAGCGACUGACCCAACCAACCGGGGGGGCGGUGUCUCCAUGAGCUUCAGCAUUUCUGGGGGGCUGACGGUGGAGUGGGGGUCUCUGCUGGCUGUUGUCAACUGCCCAUCACUCUGUUGAUUUCGUCCUGUUCUAUUGUAUUCUGCUCUCUUGUGCUCUAACCCAACCUGUUCUGUGUCUCCUACCCUACUCCAUUCCAUUCUGUCCAAUUUUCUUUCUUUCUACCCUGUUCUAUUCCAUUUUCCUGGAUUUCUGGCAGCAUAGGGGACAAAACUGAACACCUGUGAGCUGCACCACACGGUAUUUCGAUGCACAGACGAGCGCAGUCGAGCUAACCCACACCCCUUCCCGGGGUGACUCUUUUAUCGUCGUCACCGAGGACAUUUCAGAUCUGCUGUCUCAGCAACGGGCAAGCGUGCGAUAGUCCGUGACCGUCCCCCUGCUGGACAUUACGGCCACAGGACUCAUUCCGCUUCUCACGGGAGGUCUGUGCCCUGGGAGCGCCCUCGAUCGCCCCGAUUCUCCCCCAGACGCUGGGGACCGCCUUCUGCUCUCCGCUUCUGCGAGUUCCGCUCUUGUAGACUUUGUCUUGAUCUCAGGUGGGGCAGGGGUGCCCUGUGCUCUCUGUACCCAUUUCGCCCACCCCGCCUCCCACCCCGGCAAGCCGCGACUCUGUUCUCUGCGUCGAUGACCUUGGUUCUCGUGUCCUUUGACGUCCCGCGUACAAGUGAGACCACACGGCCUUUGUCCUGCUCUGUCUCCCUUGGCACCAUAACGGCGAGUUCUUUUCAUCUUUCUUUUACUGUGGCCAAGUAGAGGUGCUGUGGAAUCUGCCCUUUUAACCUUUUCUCGGUGCCCCGUGCCGUGGCCCUGAGCAGAACCUGAGCGGAAUCACAAUACCGUACAACCGUGGGCACCACCCGUCUCCAGAACGUUCUCGUCCUUAAACGGAAGCCCCGUCCCCAUAAAGCACGAACUCCCUAUCCCUUCCCUGAGACCCUGGCCCCCAACAUCUCAUGGUCCCUGUCUAUGAACUUGCCUGUUCUACAUUCAAUUGCAGCGUUUGAACAAGGGAUGCCUCUACGCAUGUGUGUGUCUGUGUCUGUGUGUGUGCGUGUGCGUGUGUGUGUGUGUUUCCCCCAAACACUAACUUCUUGAGCACCAGGUACCCUGAAUUUAGGUAUCGAGUUUCCCAGACAAGCCAAUAACUUGUUUCCCAGACAAGCCACAUACUAACCCUAACCCUUGGGACUUACACGCUUGUCUCCAAGACCUGGACACAGCACCUGCUGGUACAGGAUCAUUGUUUUAACCUCCACAGGGCUGCAGGGGAACCCGCAGAUCAUCUUGACGCUGUAGGAGGUCCCUGCCAGCAGGAAGGACGCAGGUUGGCCAUGUCUAGUCCCAGGAUUUGCUUCUGAGAGUAAGCU